GUACUUGUUGUAUCUUCUUGGAAAAUUCAGAAAUUAUCGAUGGAAACUAAAUUAAGCUAGUGACAAAACCUGGACUUGGUCAUUUCAAUCGCUGGAGGAAGUUAAUUGUACGACUCCGAGUGAUGGGAGUUGGAUUGUGAAUGUGGCGCUUGCAAACAAGAUCAUGCAAAAUUAGAUGAAAGAGAUAAAACUAUGUGCCAAUUCUACGUCAUACAACAAUGAUUUUCUGUUGAUUGCAAGCUGUGCAACAAAUUGUGAAAGUUGUUCAACAUGUCAACGCGACAUGUCAAAGAGUAUGUAAAGAGGGUAGCGUCCAUUGAUCAAGAGCAGUACCCUCCUUGGGACCUUAAUCAACCACUUCCAAAAUUACCAGUUCCGGAUUUACAUAAAACGUUAAGCAAAUAUGAAGACAUUUUACAACCUAUUCUCAACAAGUCACAGUUUAAAGAAGCAAAAGAAAUCAUCAGUGAGUUCGGUAAAAAAGGCGGGCACGGUGAACACCUUCAGGAACUAUUGGUACUGGACGCAGAAACCAAGGAAAACUGGGCAUACAACUGGUGGCUGAAUGACAUGUACAUGAAAAUAAGACUCCCUUUACCUAUAAACUCGAACCCAGGCAUGGUAUUUCCAAAACAAUGCUUUUCCGAUCGGAGAGAACAGCUAAGAUACGCAGCCAGACUGAUAUCAGGAAUACUUGAUUACAAAACAAUCAUAGAUGCACGAGGAUUACCUGUGGAUCGUGCACGUCAUAACAAGAAAGGCCAACCCAUGUGUAUGGAGCAAUACUACAGAUUAUUUACGUCUUACAGAGUCCCCGGAAUAAAAAAAGACUCCCUUAUUUCCAACAACAGUAAACUACUUCCAGAUCCUGAACAUAUAAUCGUUAUCUCAAAAAAUCAGUACUUUGUGCUUGAUGUCAUUAUAAAUUUUACACGUUUGAGCGAAGAGGACAUUUAUACACAGUUGAGUCGUAUUUGUAAAAUGGCUGAAGAAAAUAAAGACGAUGUUGAUCCUGUCGGGAUAUUAACGGCAGCAUAUAGAGACAAAUGGGCGUUAGCAAGAGGAAAACUUAUGGAAGAAUCCACCAAUCGCGAUUCGUUAGAUGCAAUAGAACGAUCGAUAUUUGUUUUAUGUUUGGAUACGGCUGCUCCUGUUAUUCCCAGUCAUCAAAAUAGCAUUAAAACUAUAAGUAGUGUUCGAGACGAUGUUUCUCUCGCAAGUCAAAUGUUACAUGGACUUGGGACGCAUAUAAACAGUGCAAACCGCUGGUACGACAAAACUAUGCAGUUUAUUAUCUCAGAAGACGGGGCAUGCGGACUGAAUUACGAACAUUCACCUUCAGAGGGAAUAGCUGUUGUUCAACUGAUAGAACAUCUUCUAAAAUAUAUGGAGGAAGUUCGCAAGAAACUGGCUCGAAUGCAAUCUCUCUGUGAGUUACCCCAGCCUCGUCGCCUGCAAUGGAAAAUCAACAAAGACACCGAGACUGACAUAAAAGAGGCAAUUGAAAACAUUGACAGGUUGAUAAAAGACCUGGACUUGUUUAUCUUAAGAUUCAAAAGCUUUGGUAGAGAAUUUCCAAAGUCACAAAACAUGAGUCCAGAUUCCUUUAUCCAGUUAGCCCUGCAGCUGACCUAUUACAAAAUUCAUGGCAAACUUGUUUCUACGUACGAGAGUGCCUCAGUAAGAAGAUUCCGGCUUGGCCGAGUGGAUAACAUUAGGGCUAACACCCCAGAUGCUUUGGAAUGGAUUCGGGCAAUGGUUGGUGAAAUUGAAACCACGGACGUUGAAAAGAUGGCACUUCUUCGGAAAGCGAUGCAGUGCCAGACAGACAUUAUGACGCAGACUAUUUUAGGUCAUGGAAUGGACUGUCAUUUGCUGGGACUGAGAGAAAUUGCCCGUGAAAAUGGUUUACCAAUGCCUAAGAUUUUUGAGCACGAGAGCUUUAGAAUAUCAAAUCAUUUUUCUUUAUCAACAAGUCAGGUUCCAACGACAAUGGAUGCCUUCAUGUGUUAUGGGCCAGUUGUUUCUGAUGGAUAUGGUGUCUGUUACAAUCCACACCCAAGCUGGAUUUUAGUAUGCAUUACAUCAUUUAAGCGGCAUAAUGAUACUAAUUCUGAUCACUUUGCUUACACUUUGGAAAGCAGCUUACUGCAAAUGCAAGAACUCUGUUUGAAAACUUCUGAAGCAAAACCGAUUCUAUAUGGAGGAAAAACACACAGUGAAAAUAGAAAUGGAGCCAUUGUCGACGACAAGGAAAUGUCAGCUGGCACAAGAAAAUCUAGGCUAGUAAGACAAAGAACAAUGCCUUUUCCAGAGGUAAUCGGAAAAGACAGUUGAAUUGAAUAAAAUAUUUGAUGUCGUAUGAUUCAUUGUAACUUGUUAAAUAAACGAUUUGCAACAUAUUACUUGAUUUUACGUCGGUUAAAGAAGUUCCAGUACUAAAAUGAUGUCUCAGAACUAGUAAUUACAUGUAGUGUGUAAACCAGUUUUGAUACUAAAUUCUUUAGUGUCGUGAUGAUCAGACUGUGUAGAUGCAAUAUUUACAAAUGUUAAUUGACCUCAAUUAGUAUAUACACCAUGUAUAGGGAAAUGUGUGCAGUGUUUGAUCAACAAAUGUAUACGUACAUGUAUGUGACGACUUUGAAACAAAACAGGUUCGUAAUUUAAGCAAUAAAAAUGACAGAAUUUGUUCUCUCAUAAGCAGGA